AUGCCGCCUCCACGAGGGCCCCCUAUGAUCCCAAGUGAGCACAUGUCUGUCGGCGGGUACCUUAGACAACACUAUGAAUCACACAGUAUGAUUUUCACUGCUGAGAACACAAGAAGUUGGACCACUUACCUGGAUAAAGGUUUUUCAUAUGCUGCUGGACAGCAAUUUGAUAUCCCAACCGCUGGUAGUUCGCGAGCUGCACAGAACAUUCCGCCCCAAAUGCGUGAUGCACGAUGGGAUAAAUACCUCUUGAGUAAUCCUAGGAGGUGUCUUGAGAAUGGAGAAAACGGCGAUGCUGCGCGCCAGUCAAAGAUGGCAGAGAGGGAGGCCGCUGUGCCCGGUGGAGUUGGAUCAAAUCACGGACCCCGAGGCAAGGUGCGGUACAACGAUUUUGGACUCCUCGAGUUUUGGAGAGCCGAUGAAGAAGCAUGGAGACACCCUCGCGCUUGUGGAGAGCACGAUCUCGACAUCACAGCCUUUUUGGACUCACAAAAAGACUGGGAUCUUGAGCGGGAUAAUGGCUGGACCAAUAUCCCAGACGGUGUGCUAUACAUGUUCUCCAUGACCGGCUAUAAGACUCCUACUUAUGAUGUCUUAUGGAUGUAUGAUGAAGGAAGCGUUGUCCUGGAUCUAGACAACCAUCCUGUGAAGAACUACAGCAACAUCCCAUUGACAGUAUCAUCGAAGAUAGAAGGUGCACUGAUGGAAGCAAUUCGUCGACUUGACCAGAGGAUCACAAUGCAGGAUUUUGAGGCAAGACUACCCAAAGAAUGCGGGAAUGGCGAAGUUUUAACGCCAGGCGCACUGAACAUGCGCGUGUCUCGCUUCCGAUUGGAGAAUUGUGUCCCAGCUUUGAAGGAGCGCAAGGGUACGAAGAAUUUGCGGCAAUACAUAUGGAAUCUCAUGAGCCCGGCCGCCCGAGACGCAAACUCAACUCGAGAGUUGAGCAAGCUCACGAAGGACCAGCAAGAAGAAGCGCGAAGACAGAAUGCCGGAAAGCACGAUGCCAACGCAGGAGGUUGGGCGCGUACCAAAGAAAGCCAGAGUAAUUCAAGCAAAGAGGUUUCAGCACCAGUGAACGCUCAGGAGAAAGGUACCACAAAGUCAGCGUCGUUACGAUCCAGUCAGAACAAACAACCAUGCUUGACCUGCAGAAUCAGCUAUGAUGGCGACACAGAGCGUCAACCUCCAUCCUUUGCUUCAGAACAAGGAAGGAAAAGUCAUCCCAGCAAGCGUCGAAAAGUUCGCGAAGCUACACAAAGCGCCAUUCAUGCCCCGCAGGGCUCAUAUCCGAGGGUACCCUAUGGAGACGCGUCAUUUAAUCCCUUCCUGCGCUCCGCAAAUCACGGCUAUGGCCCGAUUAACUCCAUCUUGCCGAGCGAAGUCGCAUUCACAACAUCCAGCGACAAUUCACUGCCUUUUCCAACUUUAAAUAGGCAAAAUCCAUCCGCAGGGUUCGGCUGUGCCACGACACCUAGUCCAGCGCUACCUAGAGCGUUCCACAACGGUCAACAUCUGGUACCAUCGGCUCAGCAUGAUUGUACUCACCAGCGUUCAGACGUCGAAAACACUUUGGAGAACCCUUACUGCAAUUUUGAUCUACGGACUUGGUCUAUUGAUGAUCCGGCAGAAUUUGUUUCCAGUACCAGCCAACGCAUCGUCGACACUUUAGCGAACGAAACAGACCCUAAUUCGUCCAUGGAAAUCGACUACCGAAGUCUUCCGCCACGAAAUGAAGAGGAGAUGGAAGACAUACAGAGAGCUCUUGCCCUAACAAGAGCCAAUUAUCACUUCCAUACCAACUGUGAUAGUCUCGAAACAACAAGGUCUUUAAGCUACUUCCAACAAGUGGGGCAGCUAAUGGACAGCUUAGCUGAAUAUUGGACGCUAUUGGACAACCCUCCACGGAUGCCGGAUCUGAUGACAUAUCAAGAGCCAUGGAGAAAUGGCUUCAAAAGUUGGACAGUUUGCGCAGGCGGCGGUGAAGCGUUGGUGAAUGAGAUAUUUGACCAGUAUGGAGGCGUCAUAAUGACGGGAGAUGAUGAUAGGAUACCACGAUGA